AUGGGCGCUGCCGCCGCCGUCUCCGUCAUAGCCCGAACAACCAAUGGUGACGGCGCUCGGCGGCUCGUGGCUCUUUCGCGGCAAAAAGGAUUUGGCGCCAAGAGGCUCAAGACCAGUUCAGGUCGUGGGGCCCAGAAGAGGCAGCUGAAUUGCAGUGGGAGAAGGGAGUGGAGGCCUGGAGCUUGGACCUGUGGGCUGCGGGACAAGGUGAAGCGGAGGCUGGACCUGGAAACGGACCAUCAAUACCUGGCUGAGAGCAGUGGACCAGUUCGGGGCAGAGGCCGCCACCCAGGAAAAGGUGUGAAAUCCCCGGGGGAGAAGUCACGCUAUGAGACAUCACUAAAUCUGACCACCAAACGCUUCCUGGAACUGCUGAGCCGCUCAGCUGAUGGUGUUGUUGACCUGAACUGGGCAGCCGAGGUGCUGAAGGUACAGAAGCGGCGCAUCUACGACAUCACCAACGUCCUUGAGGGCAUCCAGCUAAUUGCCAAGAAGUCCAAGAACCACAUCCAGUGGCUAGGCAGCCACGCCACGGUGGGGAUCAGCGGGCGGCUUCAAGGGCUGACCCAGGACCUCCGGCAGCUGCAAGAGAGUGAGCAGCAGCUGGACCACCUGAUGCACCUCUGCACAACUCAGCUGCGGCUGCUCUCUGAAGACUCUGACAGCCAGCGAUAUCCUUGGACGUGGAGGGCAGGCAUGGCAGACAGGGGCCCUACCCAAGUGGACCUAGAGAUGCUACGCUGGGCCCUGGACUCGGGAGGGCUGUGGCUUUGGAUGUCCUGGCUCAGCAUUUACUCACCCUGUGACAAUGGAUGAGUAACUUAACCUCUCUGGGCUUCAGCUUCCUCUAUAAAAGGGGGAUAAUAAUAUCCAAUUCUGAAAUUGUGCAAAUUAAAAAAGCAAAACUAGUAUCAGCAACAACAAGCAUUUAUUUAGUAUAGUGUGAUUCCCUACAUGAUUGUGGCUUUCAAGUUUGUUUGGUUUUUUUUUUCAUUUUUAAAAAUUUUUUUGG